AUGGCGCAUCUUUACUUUACUUCAGUUGAAGCUGGUUUCUGGAGUUUAAAACAUUAUGUUAACUGGAUCAUUAAAAAUGAGAGUGGAUUUCCGUUAUGGGAGACGUGUUUGACUAAUUUUUACGACUCGUCAAAUUGGGAGGUAAUUGUAAUAACAAGACGUUUAUUUGUCACUUUGAUUGCGUUACUUACAGAAUUCUCUGUAAAUCAGCAUCCCGAAACUAAGGCGCCUAUGGAAGACCUUCGAAUACCAUACGAACAGGCAUACAACGGAAAAUAUGGAAAGUCGAUUUAUAAGACUAUAGUGUAUGUUCAGAAGGAAGAGGAGAUAUUUGCUUCAGCUAGUGAAAAAAUGCGAAAUAACCAUUCUAAAAAGUUACGACUUCUUGAGAUGCAGCCUAAUCCACUUACUCUAGAUAUGCCAGAAGCUUGGUAUCGCAUAAAUAUUUGGAGAACAGUCGAUAUUGCGUUUUCGGAUAUUCCAUAUAUUUAUGUUAUAGGAGGUGAGAAGGUCGGAUUGACCAGUUCUGAAAGAAAAAACCGGUACAGGAGUUUGCCGAAUAUUGGACCAAUCCAACGAAAAGCAAUUGGAAAAAAGGGAGAUGCGUAUGUCAGGAAAAUUGGAUCGACAUCAACCGAUAGGGUGGCGUCAGAAGCAGGUCCGAAGUGGCAGGGUAUGCACAGUAUUAAACUAAUGAAGGAAUCUGGGCUGAGCUUGCCAAGAACCUUAGAAGAUGGUUUUAUCCAUCUUGCCGAUAAGGUCAAGUUUGCAGAAGAAAAGUUGAGGAAGUUGAAUGUGAUCGGUUUCGUUCAUGCAGGUGCAGUGUUGAUUAGGGUAAAUCUAGAUUACCCAGCUGGAUACGUCUGCCGAUACACGAGAGGAAAUCCACUCGAAGUCUACUCGGACGUAAAGAACUUUAGUAAAUCUUUAGAUGUGUUAAUCGAGAUAAUAUAUGCCAAGCACCUAGUCCUUCAAACAAUGAAAGUUGUAAACGAUCCUGUGGACAAUAAUAGUAAUGUUACAAGGUGGAAACAACAG